CCCGGCCCAUCGAGUAGAGCAGUCGAUGGGCUCCGGGACCGACAGGCCUGACACCAACACCACGUUGUAGUCGCUCUCCUCCCGGAACCCUCGCCGCCGCCCGCCGGAGCUCCGGUGUGUCAGUUCGCUGCCGAAGGCCAUGGACCACGACAGGUUGAAUUCGCCGAGCACGUCGGCUAUUUCUCUGGAGGUGAUGGGCCACCGGCUACAUAUUGCACAGGAUCCAAACUCCAAGCACCUUGGGACCACAGUCUGGGAUGCAUCAAUGGUGUUUGUCAAAUUCUUGGAAAAGAAUAGCAGAAAAGGUCGUUUUUGUCCAUCCAAGUUAAAAGGAAAGAGAGUGAUUGAAUUAGGAGCUGGCUGUGGUCUAGCUGGUUUUGGAAUGGCCUUGUUGGGUUGUGAUGUUACAACAACUGACCAAGUCGAGGUGCUCCCACUGCUCAUGAGAAAUGUUGAACGCAACAGAUCUUGGAUUUCCCAAUCGAAUUCCGACUCAGAUUCCAUCGGCUCAAUUACAGUUGCAGAAUUGGACUGGGGGAACAAAGAACAUAUCAAAGCCGUUGAACCUCCAUUUGAUUACAUCAUUGGAACUGACGUUGUUUACUCAGAGCAUCUGUUGCAACCUCUAUUGGAGACAAUUACUGCAUUAUCUGGUCCUAAAACAAAAAUAUUGCUAGGAUAUGAGAUCCGUUCGACCAUCGUCCAUGAGAAGAUGAUGGAAAUGUGGAAAAGCAAUUUCAUUGUGAAAACGAUCUCUAAAUCAAAGAUGGAUGUAAAAUAUCAACAUCCUAGCAUACAUCUCUAUAUGAUGGACCUGAAAGCACCAUUGAUCCCUGAGGUUGAGGCUAUCAAUAACGGGAACGACGAGGAAGAGGUUGUUUCGAAUCCUGGGGAAGACGAAGAUCCUGGAGUGAAGAGCGAAUCUUGUUCCGGCUCGUCGCCAGAGGCUAAGAGCGGCGAUCUGGAUGAUUGGGAAAUCAGAAGGUGUGGUGCUAUGGCUGCAAGGCUUCUGAAGGAUGUGAAACUGUAACAUGAAUUCAAAGCACAUUUUCCCCCUGUUUUCGGUUCAGUCAAGGAGGAGAACCCUAGAGCUCGUUUUUUCCUUGGUGGAGAACUCUAGAGCUCCUUUAUGUUGUUGUCCUUGAUCAUUUUUCUCUUUGACAUUGUUGUACUGGCCAUGGCAGUCUAUCUUAUUUUGCCUUGUUCCUUCAGUGGAUAUUGAUAUCCUUUCAGAAAAAAAGAUUGGGCUUUCUUGCUCUCUCCCUGACA